UCACAGAGAUUCACUUGCUUUUGCCUUUGGAGUGCUGGAAUUAAAAGCAUGUACCACAUGCCACUCCACCCUCAAUUCUUAUCCCUUGGAUCCUCCUGGGACUGGAACCCAGGAGGAUGGUGGCAUGGGCUCUGGUCAUCCUGAGUCAGAACCCCAGCUGUCCAUACAAUACUUGUGGGGGGCAGAGGAAAUGACCCUCAGUCUGGCAUGAGAAGCCCUUGCCUGCAUCCUUGCAUGGCCCCUUCCUGCAGGGAACACCCUGUGCUGCUGUACAUGGCAGUGCUGUGGGUAGCUUGGGCCCUGGUCCUUCUCACAGAUUGGGAUAGACAUUCAUCCCAGAUGGAGAAGAAAGGGGAACAUCAGGAUGGGCAAGAACCAAGAAUGACAAGGGACUAUCUGAAGUGACUCUCCUAGAUCUAGCUGAUGAGUGUGGGUGUCCUCUCUCAGAUGUGAAUGCUGAAGUGGCCUGGGAGGGAGGCGGGGUGAAUCUGGAUGCUGUGAAGGUCUCUGCCCUUUGAGGCUGAGAUGGGGCCAGACACUUGCAACAGCUCCUGUAGUUGGCACUGUUGGUGGGGUGGGGCAAGCAGAGGAGGAAUCUAAUGGUUGAGAGCCAGGGGUCCAAGCCUCACAGCUAGUUAUUAAGCAGGUCAGCUCCCUGAGGCUGAGCUCAGAUCCUGGGUCGUGAGAAGGGAAUGAAAGCCUUGGGUACUGUGUAAACAUCUGGACAGGUGGGAUGACAUGGGGCGCCAGGAUGGCAAGGAUGGGUGGGUGGCAUUAGUCCAUGACUGUCAAGGUUUCUCCUAAAUCAGAUAAGGUCAAAGCAGGAUGAAAACAGCCUGACUUUCCUAUCAGCUGCAGACUGCACACAGCCUGUUUCUGGGCGUCCCAGCAGCAUUACUCAAUCUUGGUUACUGAUCAACCAACGUGCCACUGGCCUCCUCCUUGGGCAGCCUCCCAUUUACAACAUUGUUAUUGUUCAGAGUGGGCCCCACCCUCCCAAAGUGUUUGCAAUUACGCAGUCAAAGAAGGAGUCAUCUUCUAGAAAGGGAAGGUGAGAUCUAGGCAAGGCCUGUUCUCCCAGGCCUUCUUUGAGGCUUUGGGCCCCACAUAGCGCCACUAGUGACAAAAAUGAGACUGACCCACUGAAGGGAAAAGCCCAGAAUGCUAUGUGGGAGGGCGUUGGGCAUGCUAAUUGGGCUUGACCAAAGAGCAUGGCUCUUGUGUAUGGGGUCAGGGGCAGAGGGAUGGUAAGCUCCCUUGCUGAGGUCCCCUCAGACCACAGUCUAUCUCUAGCUGGGAGAACAGAGCAGGUUGGGGUCUACAGUUGAUCACGAGAGUGGUAGUCGGCUCCAGCUGGGCCUCAGCCAGGUGCUCCAAGGCUCCCUCACCGCGCUACGACCCUCGCCCCACUUCAGCCCAGCCAAGGUUCCCCACCCCUGGUGCGCUGUGGAGCGUCCCCUGCCGCCCUCUGGUGGCCGGACCGGAUCGUGGCGCAAGUAGCCUGGAAACUAGCCACUGCGUUCCCCCAAAGCAGCACCGGCUUGGGGACAAGAGAGGCUGAUGCUGGGGCUCGCGUCGCGGAACGAGGUCACCUAUGCAGACACCCAGCAAGCUUGUUGCCAACUAAUUUCGGAAAAAAUGGCACUCAAGGAAAGAGCGUCUGUGCACGGAUGUUGCGAGGGUGGGAGUCUCCGCAAGAAGUCGGGGGCGGGGGUCCGCAGUUCGGCCAGGACUCCAGCACCCCUUGGGGCCGCUGCAUGGGGAGCGGUUGGGAGGUGCGGGGUCCGCGCCUGGCCGUAGUGGGCAAUCGAUUUCCAACUCGCGGGCCACAGCCGGCCGAGGUCGUUGGGCGGUGGGGAGCGCUGGGCGGUGCGUGACGUACGGAGGCUGGAAAGCGGCGGGGGCGGGGCGGAUCCGGACUACCAGACCGCUGCAUAUAAGGACCGUGUGGGGCUCGGAGAUCUAGAGCAGGCUGUCUGAACCCCAGCCUGAGUUCAGCCGAGCCCUCCCGCGACUCCCACCACCCCUCCGCGCCUUCGGCCGCCCUCCGCCUUCUCUCGCUCCGCAUUCGUCCCGGGGGCCCCUCUGCCCAAUGAAACUGGCCGCGAUGAUCAAGAAGAUGUGCCCGAGCGACUCCGAGUUAAGUAUCCCAGCAAAGAACUGCUAUCGCAUGGUCAUCCUCGGCUCAUCCAAGGUGGGCAAGACGGCCAUCGUGUCGCGCUUCCUCACUGGCCGCUUCGAGGACACCUAUACGCCCACCAUUGAGGACUUCCAUCGAAAGUUCUACUCUAUCCGCGGCGAGGUCUACCAGUUGGACAUCCUGGACACGUCCGGCAACCACCCGUUCCCCGCCAUGCGGCGCCUCUCCAUCCUCACAGGAGACGUUUUCAUCUUGGUGUUUAGCCUGGACAACCGCGACUCCUUCGAAGAGGUGCAGAGACUCAAACAGCAGAUCCUGGACACCAAGUCUUGUCUCAAGAACAAAACCAAGGAGAAUGUGGACGUGCCCCUGGUCAUCUGCGGGAACAAAGGGGACCGGGACUUCUACCGCGAGGUGGAGCAGCGGGAGAUCGAGCAGCUCGUGGGCAACGACCCCCAGCGCUGCGCCUACUUCGAGAUCUCGGCCAAGAAGAACAGCAGUCUGGAUCAAAUGUUCCGCGCGCUCUUUGCCAUGGCCAAGCUGCCGAGCGAGAUGAGCCCGGACCUGCACCGCAAGGUGUCUGUACAGUACUGCGACGUGCUGCAUAAGAAGACGCUGCGGAACAAGAAGCUCCUGCUGGCGGGCAGCGGCGGCGGCGGCGACACCCGCGAUGCCUUCGGUAUCGUGGCGCCUUUCGCGCGCAGACCCAGCGUGCACAGCGACCUCAUGUAUAUCCGCGAGAAGGCCAGCGGCAGCAGCCAAGCCAAGGACAAGGAGCGCUGCGUCAUCAGUUAGGAGUCCCCGCCACAGGCCCUCAACCAAAGGAAGAUCUUUUCCAAAAGUUAACUUCUGACGCCCCGUGGCCCUGUGCGCCAGCGCUGCCCACCGGCCUCCCUUCCUGCCACCCUGCCUUGAGCACUAGGGAGACAUCGCCAAAACCAAGAAGGGACGGUCAUCCGCUGUGGAAAGAAAGAGAAUUGGCUAGGACUGGGACUCUUUUGCUUCUAGUUACCCCUUUACUUGUGCCUGCCCCCUUGACGGGGGCCGGGGGGGGCGUGACCCAGCCGAAGGGCAUUUGGCAUUUUCCUCAGAGAAUUAGAGCGGUGUCUUCAUCUACCUGUGAGGCUUCUAGUAACCGUCCUGUCUGCUGGAGGGUCAGAACCAACAGGGCAUUAUCUUUGUGACUGGCGUUGCCAUGACAGCUGGCAGUCACCUCUGCCCUCCACAGACUGGAGACUGUAGGGUGGUAUGGGUUGCAUCAUACCCAAGAGACUUGUUUACAUGUAGGGGUGUGUGUGUGUGUUGCCCAAAAGAAAAAAACCACAAAACUUGCACUUUAAUAGUUCUAGUGUCAACAUGGGCAUGAACAAAAUUUCUACAUUUGUAUUAUGUGAGAUCUUUAUAACUUUUUUUAUUUAAAAUAAAAUAAUUAAAAAUGGAAAACUGA